AUGGUUCCCAAUGAAGCCCUUCAGUACCGGGGAAUUGUCCAGCUCCUUUUGCAUUUCAGAUGGAAAUGGGUAGGGCUCAUUGUUAUUGAAAAUGACAGUGGAGAACAUUUCUUGGUGGCUUUGGAACCUAUGCUUUCCCAGAAUCAAAUCUGUUCUGCUUUCACUGAAAGUUAUCCAAAAAAUCCCCGAUUGUACCUUGGAAUAAAUGAAAUGAUCAACGGCAUUCUCAAUUAUAUUCCCCUUUUCAUGGAGAGCAAAGCCAAUGGUGUUGUUAUCUAUGGGGAAAGUGUGACCAUAAGAACACUAGCAACUGUUAUGUUUGUGAGAGAAGUGAUUAAUCAUCUUGUAGAUCCUUCUAACAACAAGAAGAAAUCUUCUGGGAAGGUGUGGAUUACAACUGCCCAAAUUGAUUUCACAUUUAAUACAUUGCAAAAUAGUUAUAAUAUACAAAUGUUUCAUGGGGCUAUUUCCUUCAUAGUUCACACAAAAGAGGUUCAAGGCUUCCAAGAAUUUCUUCAGACAGUUGAACCAUCUGCAGCUAAUGGAGAUGGCUUUAUCAGUGAUUUUUGGGAACAAGCAUUCGAUUGUCUGGUUUCCAACUCUAUUGAGCCUACACAUACUGUUGACACAUGUAUUGGAGAUGAAAUGCUAGAGACUCUUCCUGUGACAUUUUUUGAAAUGAGCAUGACUGGCCACAGCUACAGUGUCUAUAAUGCUGUCUAUGUUGUGGCACAUGCCUUGCAUAACAUGCACUCAUCUAAAUCAAGCCACAGAGUGAUGAGAGGUGAAGACAGGUGGACACCUCUAAAAGUGGAACCCUGGCAGCUCCACUCAUGGCUUCAGAGGAUUUCAUUUAACAACAGUGCUGGAGAUGAAGUGGUGUUCAAUGAACAUGGAGAAUUAGAAGCUGGAUUUGAUAUUACGAACCUGGUCACUUUCCAAAAUAAUUCUUACCUUAGAGUCACAGUUGGAAGGCUGGAUCAUAAGGCUCCUUGUGGGAAAGAGCUCACCCUUGAUGAAGAGAGGAUUCAUUGGCAUGGAGAUCUGAUGCAGGUGCCUCCCAUUUCUCUGUGUAAUGACUACUGUCAACCUGGUUAUCAGAAAAUCAAGAAGGAGGGUGAGCCCUUUUGCUGCUAUGAUUGUAUUCCAUGUCAAGAAGGGAAGUUUUCAGAUCUGAAUGAUAUGGAUGCUUGUACUGAAUGUUCAGAAGAUCAGUACCCAAACCAGAAUCAAAAUGGAUGUAUCCCUAAGGGAGUAAGCUUUCUGUCUUAUGAAGAUUCUUUGGGGAUCAGUAUCACUUUGUGUGCUUUCUUGUUUUCUUUUAUCACUGCAUUGGUUCUAGGAACUUUUAUGAAGCACAAAGACACUCCCAUUGUCAAAGCCAACAACCGAAGUCUCAGCUACACACUCCUCAUCUCCCUCCUCCUCUGUUUCCUCUGUUCAUUACUGUUCCUUGGCCAACCGGGAGAAGUGACCUGCCUUCUGAGACAAGUGUCCUUUGGUAUAAUCUUUUCUGUGGCUGUUUCUUGCAUAUUGGCCAAAACUGUUCUGGUGGUUCUGGCAUUUUUGGCCACCAACCCAGGAUCUAGAAGGAGCAAAUGGGUAGGAAAAAGACUGGCAACUUUCAUCGUCCUUUCCUGUUCCCUUAUCCAAACAGGCAUUUCUGCAUUUUGGCUAGGAUUCUCACCUCCUUUCCCAGAUGCUGACAUGAACUCUUUCACAGAGGAGAUCAUACUGGAAUGCAAUGAAGGGCAUGUUGCUAUGUUUUAUUGUGUCUUGGGUUUCAUGGGCUGUUUAUCUGCAGUCAGCUUCACUGUGGCCUUCCUGUCUAGGAACUUACCUGACAGUUUCAAUGAAGCCAAGUUCAUCACCUUCAGCAUGCUGGUCUUCUGCAGUGUUUGGGUGUCCUUCGUUCCAGCCUACUUGAGCACCAAGGGGAAAUACAUGGUGGCUGUGGAGAUCUUCUCCAUUUUAGCCUCCAGUGCUGGGUUGCUAGGAUGUAUCUUUUUCCCCAAAUGCUAUGUCAUAUUGCUGAGGCCUGAGCUAAAUCACAAGGAGUAUCUAACGAGGAGAAAAAAAACAAGGAGCUACAAGUCCACUUGA